UGAGGAGUAAGCUAGCCUUUGAGAGAGCAGUGUUGAUUAGCGAAUCCGGAAUCUCCAGAAUGAAAGUCCACUUGUGAUUCGCCUCAAGUAAACCAAAACCCUACCGUGGGCUGCAACGAGGCCGGAGUGUGAGCCUGCCUUCCUGGAACCUAGAGCUCCAGGACCCCUCCUCCUGCCAGGGCUGAGCUGGGGCAGCUCUCACAACCCCCCCGCACAGAUGGCUGGCACUGUGCUCGGAGUCGGGGCCGGCGUGUUCAUCUUAGCCUUGCUCUGGGUCUUCGUGCUGCUGCUGUGUGUGCUGUUAUCUCGAGCCUCCGGGAUCGCUAGGUACUCCAUCAUUUUCCUGUUUCUUGGUGCUGUGCUCAUCACCUCGGUGCUGUUGCUCUUCCCCCGAGCCAGUGAACUCCCAGCCCCAGAGGUGGAAGUGAAGAUUGUGGAUUCCUUCUUCAUUGGCCGCUAUGUCCUGCUGGCCUUCCUCACUGCUGUCUUCCUUGGAGGCCUCUUCUUGCUUCUGAUUCAUCAUAUCCUGGAGCCAGUCUAUGCCAAGCCGCAGCGUUCCCACUGAACACUGUUCGAGAAAACCGAGACCCUGUUCUCACCUCUGCUUAGAUGUCACCAAAGAGCAAAACUCUGCCGCAGCGGUGUGCCUCGUGCCUCGAGGUCAAGGAACCUUCAUUGCCGGACAAAUCCCUGGAGUCCUGACCUCCAGAAAUGAGGUUGCGAAAUGUUCCCCACACAGAGUCUCACCAGCGUAAGAGGACACUGCUGUCUUCUUAGCACCCAAACCUUGGGUUUUCCAUCUGUGUUGACAGGGAAAUAGUAAUGAUGAGCUGCUUCGAGUAGGUUUUCAACCAAGAUGUUAAUAAGCAAUUUGGGAAAAGGAGCUCUUUGACUUCUGCUGUCUAGUAGAUGGAAGUCCUUUUUGAUCAGAUGUACAUCUCUCACUUACAAGGCGAGGGCCAGGGGCAGUUAUUCCUACCCUGGAACUGGCUCUUUCUUAUUCAGUCUGGAAAAACAUUCCAGAUGAGACUUUGUCAAAGAAAGCCAUGAAGGAAAUAGUUUAUCUGGCCUAGAACCCAUAGGGAUCAUUUAGAAAGGAUGUCACUCAGAGUUCAAAAGCCUCUGUGAAUGGGCUGAUGGUCAGCGUUGGUUGUGGACGCUCUGUGCUGGCGCUGAGGGCUCUCUGAAGGCCUGCAGGACAACAGUCCAUGGACCUUCAUUCAAACUCUGGGCCACAGCUUUCUGAACCCCCUCUCUCUGUAUUUCAAGUUGAUAUGGGGAUUAGAGGAAGGCCGUGGAAAUACUGAUUGUCUUGCUGCUGGGUAUCUCUGGAUUCUUAUUCUCCCAGAAUCUGGUGGCCUGUGCCUUAAGAAUCCACUUGAGGGUAUUGUCGUUUCUCCCAAAGCAGGUGAGGAAUGUAUAUGCCUAGGAUUAGGUAUAACUGUCUGCCAACCUGAGAUCCCAGGCCAAGUGAAACUCAACAUUAUACGGUGGGUGCUCUGGGCUGGUCCUGCCUCCCUUGAACUAUUUGAAGAAACAUCUUCAAGCUUAAAAUUACGAACCAGAAAUAAAUGGGAAAAACAUUGAGUACACGCUAUGUGCUAUUAGUAACUAGUUCCUUUGAAAUACAAUUAAUUUAAUCUCUAUAGCAAUCUCUUGUCAUUCCCAUUCUAAAGUAGGAAAGAAGUGCGUGUGACCAACUCCAGGGCCUGGGUGGGACUGAAAAGAGAAUACUGAACUUUGUGGGACUUUGAUGGAGAACUUGAGGACGCAAGCUCCACUCUCUUUCUCGCCCAGAUCCUGUUCAGUGAGGGUCCCUGAUCCCUCCACCCCAGCAGACACAAAGCUCUGCAUCAAGAGAAGACAGAGCUGGUGGCUUCAAAGCAUCAGGGGCUGGCGAGGGUCAGGGGCAGUUAUUCCUUCCCUGGAUCUGGCUCAUUCUUAUUCAAUCUGGAAAAACAUUCCAGAUAAGACUUUGUCAAAGAAAGCCAUGAAGGAAAUAGUUUCUUUAUCUGGCCUAGAGCCCCUAGGUAGGGAAAGAAUGGAGAACUAUCCUCCAAGCAGACUGGAGCAGAGAAAGGAGAAUGCAGAGACCUGAAGAAAGUAGGGGGAGCUGGGUCAGGCCAUUGUGCCCCCAGGACACCUGCGCUGAAGCUUCAAGAGGCCUGCGCAGAGGGCUGAGCCAGCCCGGGGAACAUGGAACCUCAGCAGGCACAGGACGCCCUGUGUCCCUCUCCUCAGAGACUUGCUGAAAAAAACAAGUUUAGGAAAAUGUCCAAGUUAAUGACCAAAUCCAUCUUUUUUUAUACCCCAACAAAAUUAUCCAACAGCUAGAUCAAUGCUAUGAUGUUCUGGGUGACUAUCAACAUGGAGAAUAUGUUUUAACAUCAGAAACUAAAUCCUCACCCAAGUACCAUUAUUAAUUCUUUUUACACAGAUGUAAACGACUAGUUUAUGUGCUUUAGGCAAAAAAAUAUGCUUUGUACAAAGUGUAUUUCAGUUUGACCUCUCUCCUACAGAUCCGCAGGUCCUAAUCAACUGUGGCGAAAUGAAAAGUUACUUUCUUCCCUCAUACUCAAAGCAGUCCUCUCCACCCCCCACCCCCAACAACCCCAAAGAGUUGAGGUAAGAAGUUUAAGGCCAGAAGGCACAAGAUGAAUUUCACUGAGAGUUCCAGGUGGGACACCCAUAUAAUCAGUGCAUAGUGUGGCACCCCUUAUGUUCAUGGCCUUCCUGGAGACAGGACUUAGAGGUGAGCCCCAAAAUAUGAACACAAAUCAUCUUAGCAUCUCAGUCAUCAUUCUUUGGUUGUGCCAGGCUAUGCUCUUGUGCCUCAGCAGGGCUCUCUCGUGGUAAUUGAUCCCUACUGGUUAGCAGGUGGAGAAGGAGUAAAUCGAGGCUUCGCUCUAAGAAAACAGGUUAUUUCAAAGCCUCUUAAAACUGUGUCCUAACAAAGCCAUGGCUGCAGAAGAGGCCAGCCCGUGAUGUGACGUAGGAGUUCAAGACAGGCCACCCCCAAAUAUACCACUUUGGUAUAGCGAUUUAUUUUUGAGUGAUUUAAUUUGGAAAACAGAGAAUUCAGGAAUAGGUUUUCUGUGAACCCCUCCUCUAUCUAAAGAGACAUCUUCCUCAGGACCUGGAGUCCUGCAGACACACACACACACAGUUUUGUCAGCCAGGGAAGAGUGAUUAUCAUGGGAUGGACACACCACACCAGACGACUUUGUCUCUAACUUUCACACUGCCCAUGGAUUUUUCUCAGGGCCCGUUUGUCUUUUCUAAGAUGAUUUACUGUUCCCUGAGAGGCCUACACUCUACCUCCCCUUUGCUUGAGAAGACCUGUAUAAUCCUGAACUCUAGCCACCCGAGGAGCUCUGUCCCUUGUGUAUCCAUUAUAAACUUAGGUUUUUCUCUUAUUAAAAAAAGAAAAAUUAUAUCCUGACAAAACUAACAAGACACCAUCCCCUCCCCACAGUGGAGAUGUCUGUCCUCUCCGCUAGGUGGUGCUGUGUUCUCUUUCAGAUUUCUCACAUCAGCAAAACCCUAGAUAAUUUUUUGACAAGUUCCUUUAAUUUCUCACGUACAGAAUGGAAGUAAAGCUAGGAUUCUUAACUGGUGCACAGUAUCACCUAUUUAAUCUAAAAAUUCAUCAGAAUCACUGCCGGCAUUUAGGUGCUAAGGAACACACACACACACACACACACACACACACACACACUGCACACAAUGCAUGGUGCCAUUAAUUCCACAUUUUUGUUGUGCCACUGAAUAGGAAGUGCUGGCCCUGGGGAGUAAGCCCGUCCAAGAACUUGGCUCCGAGGUGUCUAGGCUGUCUUCCUGGCUCCAUCCUGGGCUAAAGGAUUCUAAAUUAUUUUUUAAUGGUUUUUAUCCUAACAUAAAGUAACUACUUGCUUGUUUUGCUCUUUAAGACAUAAACUUUUCUACCCACUAUCUCAUUGCUACUAUAACAGAAUCACUUUUCAUUUUGAUUCUUGUUCACUGUGCCAAGAAACCUACAGCAAUUAGUUUACAGAUGAGAAACAGGCCGAGAGGUGAAAAGUUUCAAAAAAUGUCACAGCUAGUUAGUAGCGGGGCUCAAACCUGACGUCAGGAUUCCUGACUUCUCAUCUGUCUGAUAGUUUAAAAAUCAUUUCUGGCUUCCAAACAACUCCUUAUUUUCACAUUCGUUAAUUGUAUCUUUUAAUUAUCUGUGCUUAAUAUUUUCCUAAUCCAUAUUCAAAAAAAGGUAAAAGUUUCAUUAAAAUUUCCCAGUUAGCAUUUGUGGUACAAACCUUUUGUCACAAUUUUUUGGCUUAAACCUCUAAGUAUUUGGCUGUUGUUACAUAUGAGCAAGUUUCCAGACAUGGGAAUGGGAACUGUAUGGAAAUGAAUCUGGAAAAUAAUUGGUUAUCCUCACAGGAGCAUGAAAACUCCAGGUUGGAAGGGAUUUUAUAGUUCGUGGAGUUCAACCUUUAAUCUGUAUUUCCAUCCCAAUACUUGGGAAUAUUUUAUUUUUCACAUGCUGAAAUCACAGUUUUUUUUCUAUUAGCAAAUACA